CGUCCAGACACAGAACCAGCCUCUCCUGGGAGGCCGCAAACAAGCAAGCGCAAGCAUCCCUGUAGCCUGUCCCAGACAGGCUUUCUGCUCGGCUGUCCCUUCUCCCUCUGCUCUCCCUGCGGCUGCCUGCACUGCUCACUCUCGGCUCCCCACCUGCCUGCAAUCAGGGGCUCUCCCUUGCCCCAUCCAGGAACUCUGUGACCAGCAGGCAGCGGGCGCCAGCAGGAAUGGCCUUGAAGACGCUGACAGUGGUGCUGGUUCUCCUGGCUGGAGCCCUUGCAGAGGAGCAGGAGAAACUGGUGCACGGCGGACCCUGCGAUAGGCACUCUCAUCCCUACCAAGCUGCCCUCUACAGCUCGGACCACUUGCUCUGCGGCGGGGUCCUCAUUCACCCAGAGUGGGUGCUCACGGCUGCCCACUGCAAAAAAGAGAAGCUUCACAUCUACCUGGGGAAGCACAGCCUUCGGAACUCAUUGAAUACAGAGAAGAUUUCUGUGGUCAAGACUGUGGUCCACCCUGGCUUCAAUCCUGCCACCCAUGACCAGGACAUCAUGUUGUUGCGUCUGUCAGAGCCUGCCAAGCUCUCUGACCUAAUCCAGCCUCUUGCCCUGCAGAAGGACUGCCGGGCCAGAUCGACCAGCUGCCACAUCCUGGGCUGGGGCAAGACGGAAGAAGGUGUUUUCCCUGACACCAUCCAGUGUGCCUACGUCCAGUUAGUGUCGCGGGAGGUGUGCGAGCAUGCCUACCCUGGCCAGAUCACCAGGAACAUGGUGUGUGCCGGAGACCAGAAAGAAGGGAAGGAUGCCUGCCAGGGUGACUCAGGGGGCCCACUGGUAUGCGGAGGCCUCCUCCGGGGCCUGGUGUCAUGGGGUAAUGUCCCCUGUGGAUCCAAGGAGAAGCCAGGAGUCUACACUGAUGUCUGCAGAUAUGUCAGCUGGAUCCAAAGAAUCAUUCGAGGCGACUGACCCUGACAUGCACAUCCAACUCUUGCUCUGUGACCCCGCUGGCUGGCUCCAGAAUCUCUGUCCCUAGACCUCACCUUCCUGCCCCACCUGCCUGAUCCAGCCCCCGAUGCUUCAUGAAGGGAGUGACACGAGAAAGAGCACCCAUUCUCCCUGGUUGUCCCCCAGCCCCACCCUCAGUUCCCCGGGAGAGGGGAUAGGCAGAACAUGGGUUGCUGCCCGAACUCCAAGGAUACAAGGAGAGCCCUCUUCCUGCCUGUCAUGCCACAGGGCUGUUUCCUUCCCAGAGAUGCAAUUCCAGCUCUGCUACUUGCUGUCUGUAUCCCCGUGGGAAAUGUCUCACACACAGUGUGAGUUUCCUCAUGUGUAAGGUUAAGACAAUGCUAAUACAUUCCUCUCCAGAGCCUGGCUGUUGGGAGGAUGAAAAGCUUCAAGCACAGGAAAUGCACAGAACGGCGCCUGGCCCCACCACACACCCAAUAAAAGGUGGAUUUUAUCACGAU